UUGGAGGCCUUUAAAAUGAUUACAGAGGAAGUCAACUCGUUUGGUAAAAAUAAGGACAAAACCAACCUAAGUGUUGAAGAAGUUGCAAUGGGAUUCAUAAAGGUUGCAAAUGAAGCAAUGUGCCGUCCAAUUAGAGCAUUGACACAGGCUAAAGGCCAUGAUACAUCUCGCCACGUUCUCGCCGUGUUUGGUGGUGCAGGUGGUCAGCAUGCUUGUGCAGUAGCACGAGCUUUAGGCAUGCAAACAGUUAUGAUUCACAAAUAUGCUGGUAUACUAUCAGCAUAUGGAAUGGCAUUAGCUGAUGUAGUGGAGGAAGCUCAAGAACCCUGUUCCAAAAACUAUGAAAAAGGUAACUUCAUGUAUAUAGAAUCACGACUUCAGUAUCUGGAAAACAAAUGUAAGAAUGCUUUAAUAUGGUAA